CUUUAACGGUUUUGAAUAAUCCAGCCGCAGUGACUUCAUAUGACUCACCUUCAAUAGCUUUAUACAAUUCUUCUAAAGAAGUUGAAAGAGAAGCUGAAAAUAAAUCAGAUUCAAAACAUCCUGGGGAAGGCCACCAAAUUCUUCGUGAACAUCCUAAUGAGCUUGAAAUGCAUCUCGCAAAAGAUUGUGAAGAAGAUGAAAAUCAACUUUUAUUUGGUCCUAAGAAAGAAGCAAUUGAUUGUACGAUCAUUAAAGCUUUCGCUAUGUGUGGGCUUCCAUUUUCU